GGGGCUUCAUGGAGAGCGCCGGGCCCCGGCGCCCACGCGCGGGGCCCGCCCCAUUGUGCGUUCCCGGGGCUUGGGGGCGUGGGGCUAGGUGGAUCCCUAAAGAACCCAGCCAACCAGGAGAGGGAGGGGAGGGGCUAAGCAGUGAGGAGUGUGGGCCCAAGAACCAUGUCUACGCGGGAGUCCUUUAACCCGGAGAGUUAUGAAUUGGACAAGAGCUUCCGGCUAACCAGAUUCACUGAACUGAAGGGCACGGGCUGCAAAGUUCCCCAAGAUGUCCUGCAGAAAUUGCUGGAAUCCUUACAAGAGAACCACUUCCAAGAAGAUGAGCAGUUUCUGGGAGCCGUUAUGCCAAGACUUGGCAUUGGAAUGGAUACGUGCGUCAUUCCUUUGAGGCAUGGUGGUCUUUCCUUGGUUCAAACGACAGAUUACAUUUAUCCUAUCGUAGAUGAUCCUUACAUGAUGGGCAGGAUUGCAUGUGCCAAUGUCCUCAGUGACCUCUAUGCAAUGGGGGUCACGGAAUGUGACAACAUGCUGAUGCUCCUUGGAGUCAGCAAUAAAAUGACCGACAGGGAAAGGGAUAAAGUGAUGCCCCUAAUUAUACAGGGUUUUAAAGAUGCAGCGGAGGAAGCAGGAAUGUCUGUGACAGGUGGCCAAACGGUCUUAAACCCCUGGAUUGUUUUGGGAGGAGUCGCUACAACUGUCUGCCAGCCCAAUGAAUUUAUCAUGCCGGAUAAUGCAGUGCCAGGGGACGUGCUGGUGUUGACAAAGCCCCUGGGGACACAAGUUGCCGUUGCUGUGCACCAGUGGCUGGAUAUCCCUGAAAAAUGGAAUAAAAUUAAAUUAGUGGUCACCCAAGAAGAUGUUGAGUUGGCAUACCAAGAGGCGAUGAUGAAUAUGGCCAGGCUCAACAGGACAGCUGCAGGGCUCAUGCACACAUUCAACGCCCACGCGGCCACUGACAUCACAGGCUUUGGGAUCCUGGGCCACGCGCAGAACCUGGCCAAGCAACAGAGGAACGAGGUGUCGUUUGUGAUCCACAACCUUCCCGUGCUAGCCAAGAUGGCUGCCGUGAGCAAGGCCUGUGGGAACAUGUUUGGCCUCAUGCACGGGACCUGCCCAGAGACAUCAGGAGGUCUUCUAAUCUGUUUACCACGUGAACAAGCAGCUCGGUUCUGUGCAGAGAUAAAGUCCCCCAAAUAUGGUGAAGGGCACCAAGCAUGGAUUAUUGGGAUUGUAGAGAAGGGCAACCGUACCGCCAGGAUCAUAGACAAACCCCGGAUCAUCGAAGUCGCACGCAAGUGGCCACUCAAAAUGCACCAAAGCCGCACGGGUGAACCGAUCGACUUCUUGCCAAGGGAAACCAUCACUGGGAAGACGAAGCUGCCUGCAAGAGGCUUGAACUUGGAUGCACCCUCCCUCAGGACCCAACGGGCAGCCUUGAUGCACGUGUAACUGGAACUCCUCCAGCAAUGAAUAUGGCAUGCAGUACAGAAGAGACUGCGACAGGACUGAAAUUAACUGGACGUUUUAUAGGAACUUAUACAGAUGAUGGUCCUCAAAAGCUACAAUCCAGUGGUCUGCAAAAUAAAAUGUGUUGGAAACCUCUGAUUAAGAUAAGCA